AGUUCUCAGCCGUCAUUCGAUGCGGAGUGAGCAAGCAUAGAGUUUCCAAGCGUGGUCAAAGUCAGAUUGAUUCUGCAAGACAGUGCAUUGAGUUAUUAAUUAAAUAAUAAUUCAAUCAUUCCAUUCAAUCGAGAGAAUAUUUACAUUGAUUGACACGAAAGUAGGUCGUGUGUGCGCGCGUACUUUUUCUUUUUGGAUAACCAAACUUAAAGUGUGACAAGUUUAUCCAAAACCACUGGAUGCGCUGAUGAUGCGACGUGAUUUCUGUAACGGGGGGCUUGCCUACGCCGUUCUGUGGGUGACUUCCACUUGUCUUUUACUAUCUUCGAUACGGCCAACAGUAGCUGAUCUAUCCCUGAAGCUUGCCGGAAAAUGUCCAGCAUUCCAGGAGCAAAACGUCUGCCCGGCCAGGGCACCAGACUGCACCAAUGAUUUUGAGUGUCAAACACCAAACGAGCGGUGCUGCAGUACCGCCUGUGGUCUCAGAUGCGUCACAGCCGAAUUGACAGGCUGUCAACAAUUGGCUCUGGCAGCUACUAGACGCUCUCGUGCACUUGGACCGAAUUCUCCGGCUCAGUUGGUACCCAGGUGUAACAAUGAGACUGGGGAGUUUGAGAAGAUUCAAUGUGACGCUACGGAGAAGUCCUGCUGGUGCGUUGACGAGUAUGGGGAUGAACUUCCUGGUACCAGGGCAGCUGGUAGGGAUUUUGUUGACUGCGAUAAUCCUAGACCAUGUCCAGCUCAUAGCUGCCGCAUGCUGUGCCCUCUUGGAUUUGAGAUCGAUCCUGACUCUGGCUGUCCCAGGUGCGAAUGCAGGGAUCCUUGCAGGGGUAUAACUUGUCCAGGAAUGAGUCAAUCCUGUGAACUGAUUGACGUGUCCUGUUCGCGGCCCCCUUGUCCUCCUAUUCCAAGUUGCCGAAAAGCCAAGUCUCUUGCUACGAUAUGUCCAGCUGGGGAACCUCUGCAGAUCACUGACUCGCCACGACCCUUCCUCUGCGGUAAUUCACCUGGGAAGCCAAACUGCCCACCCUUGUACAGGUGUCUAGUGGAACCUGGUCAGGAAUACGGGGUCUGCUGUCCAUCCAGCAUCAACCUAAAACGACCUGGAAGCUGUCCAGUCGAUGAACCUCCGCUCUGUGGCUCUGCGUGCCAACACGACCUGGAAUGUCCGGCUCCGCAGAAGUGCUGCGCCAGCGAAAGGUGCGGCGGUGGAUUCUGCACAGUUCCGACUGGUCUCAGCGCCUGUCAUCAAAAUAGAAUGCUCGCUGAAUUAUUGAGUAUUUCCGAACGCCAGGGUCGCGGGUACAUUCCACAGUGCGAAGAAGGUGGUGGAUACGAACCUAGACAAUGCUCCCGAAAUGGUUUGGUUUGCUGGUGCGUUGAUACUGAUGGAAGGAAAAUCGACGGGUCCAUGGGGCCAUCCGAAAAUGUUCAGUGCAAUCCGAUAGCGAAGGCCAGAUCACUGCCAUCUUCUUGUUCUCCGCAGCAAUGCGCUCAGGUCUGCCAAUAUGGAUUCAAAACCGACUCUUCAGGUUGUCCUACGUGUGAAUGCGACAACCCUUGCGAAGGGUACCCAUGUCCGGUAGGAGAAGAAUGCGUCCUCCGUCGCGAGGAUGGCUGUCCAGAUUUCCUGUGUCCAAGUAAACCAGAGUGCAAGCCAAAGAAGACCUACAAGAGUCCCUGUGUCACCGGUGCACCAUUGAGCGACGAAGAGGGCAACGCUGUCACCUGCUCUGGCAACAGAACCUGCCCUCAGGGUUACAAGUGUACCACAGUGCCGGAUGCUGGACAGUCCGUAUGCUGCGCGGCGACGGAUUAUCCCAUGAAGCCACCUACUAUGUGCGAAUAUCUUCGAGACUUUAACGACAGAAUGGAAGGAACGAGAGAAGGAAUGGCACUAGCUAUUCCAGCACCUAUUUGCGAACCAGAUGGAUCGUACAAACCUCUGCAAUGUCACGGAAGCACGUGCACCUGUGUGAAUAAAUAUGGCGUCCCCCUCAAGAGUAACCUAACGAAGUGGCCUGAUUGCAAAGAGAUCAAGGAACUUUUGAUUUUGUGUAAAGAUAAAAAAUGCGAGCUGAACUGCCCUUACGGGUUCGAACUGGAUCCUUCAGGAUGUGAGGAAUGCCGCUGCCGAGACCCUUGCAAGGAAGUCACCUGUGGAGUUCACGAAGCCUGUAGUAUGGUGGACGUGAACUGUGGUCCAGGUCAAUACUGUCCACCAGUACCAGCAUGCCUGACAGCUAAACUAGGUCAAUGUCCUUAUCUGGUACCCAGUUCAUCGAGUUGCGAACUGAAGUGCAGCAGUGAUCAGGAAUGUGCAGGACGUGACAAGUGCUGCUCCACCGGAUGCGGAACGCAGUGUGUAGCACCAGUAGUAGCCACAGCCUGCCAGCAUGCCAGGGCCCUUGCUGAGCAUGCAGCUAGAGAGUCUGGCGAACCAGCCAGAAGACUGUACAUUCCCAGGUGCGACGCCAAUGGUGCCUUCGAACCAGUACAGUGCCAUGCUGGGAUGUGCUGGUGCGUGGACGACCAAGGUCGCGAAUCAGCUGGGACCAGAGUCAUCGAAGGAAUCGUACCCAAGUGCAGCACUCCUCUUCAUUGUCCCGAAAUAGACUGCGCCCUCAAUUGUCCUGAAGGUUUGGAACUGGAUCCGGAAACAGGCUGUCCAACAUGUUCCUGUCGAGAUCCUUGCAAAAGCGUGACCUGUCGUGGUGAGAACGAAGCCUGUCGAAUGGUUGAAGUUGCCUGCAGUGACCCACCCUGUCCCCCUGUUCCGGUCUGUCUUCCUAAGAAAGACAAUCCUUGUCCGAAUGGGGCACCGCUUCUCGCCCAGGAUGGAACAGCCGUGACAUGCGGUCCCCACGGAUCUCACUGUCCGUCGACACAUAAAUGCGAACUGUCGCCCUUGGACGAGUAUGCCGUCUGCUGUCCAAAACCCAGAGACGUCUGUUUUGAAUCACCCCAGAAGGCAGCCUGUGCACCUGGACAGAACGUCAAUGGGACUGAUAGCUGGUACUUUGAUCCAGAGCGUAACGAGUGUCGUCGGAAGACAGAAUGCACCGUUGGCCACAAUGAUUUCUCGAGUCGUCUGGUCUGCGACACCAUUUGCCCAGUUUUAUCCCAGUGCGAGAGACUCCGUGAGAAGAACUUGAAGACGUCCCAGAGGCUGAAGCAACCUACCUUCCUACCGAGGUGCAAUCCUGACACUGGUGGCUGGGAACCUGUUCAGUGUUUGGAACAUGUUGGCGUCUGCUGGUGCGUCGACAGACGUGGUGAACCUGUCAAGGGUUCCUUGACCAGGGGACCAGAGCCAAAGUGCAACUUCAGACAAUCUAGAAGAGGAAGAGGUCCGAUGGAUAUUGAUCCAGAGAUCAAGGCUUACAUGGAGACCGCUUUUUUGAGUACUGGGUCAGAAGGAAGGGAAGUCAGGAGAGUCCUGGGCACCAGGUGUCAAGCUAUGAAAGAUAAAGGUCACGUGCCCGCUAUUUGCGACAGGCAAGGAAGGUUCGAACCUACUCAAUGCGUUGGUGAGACUUGCUGGUGCGUUGACGAAGCUGGAAAUCAAUUGACUGGAUCAGAACCAUUUUUACAAGGAUCCCAAAUAUGUCUGCCAACCCCUGUAGAGGCCGUAGAAGUGACUCUACGUUUCCCAGGUCGCUUCCUGCACAGCGAUGUUAACCGUUUCGCAAACGAAGCUAAUAAUUUACUAGAAGAUUUUGGAGCAAGGAUCAAGGAUAAGAUAAUCGUAGAGAUAGAUCAGGAUUCUGCGACACUUGAUUUCGAGGUGAUUGGACCAAACAAGGUAGACGUGGCUUUCCACCUGGAGGAGCUGAUAAGACUCCAAAAGUUAUCACUAUUGGGUUCCAUUGCGGAUGCUACGUCAUCGCGUUUCACGCAUAAAGCCACUUCCGGCGGGAUUCAAAGUCGAAUAGUCGCCCUGGAACAACGAGAAAUUCUCACGCAAUUGGAAACGCCUCUUUAUCAAACAGCUACACUAGUCCUUGCUGCAGCCAGUGCCUUUGUCAUUAGCAGUCUUUUGAUCCUAUUAAUGAUUUAUCGAAAAAAGAUGAAAAUGAAAGAUCCGACUAAAACGUUACCAGUGGACCAGCAUUUCCUCGCAUACAGUGAACAGCCGGUUUACGUGAUCUCAGGCCUGGAGAAGGGCGAGAAGGAAAAAGAGGCCGAGGCGCAGAUGCAGGAGAAAGUCAUGAUAUCCGAGACUGCAGUGGAAGCCUAGAUUUAAAAAAAAAAUUCUCGUAAAUUCAUCUCGUAUACACGGCAAAUCACAAAAAAAAAACCUUUCACACUCAUCUCAGAAGAUGCGAUCAUCAUAGCAAUUAGUAUAUAAUGAGAGCAUCGAUCAUCCUCUUCUUUAUUCUCGCACAGAUUGUGAUACCAUAGGGAAUCGAUAUAUUUAUUAUAAUUUUAUUAUAUCCAGUAUACGGCGAAAGCAUCGCCUGAAAUCCUUGCGUUUCUGUAGAAGACAAUAUCAGAGAAUAUUUUAUUCUUUCCUUUAAAUACUUUUUCAAUUCGCACUUUGUAAAUGGGACACGUUCACGGCUUGAUGCAUUCAUACACAGCUUAUUGGAAAGAGUAACCAAACGGAAUUUUAAAAUAAAGAUUCCGUUAUAACGGACGUCGUUCUACGAAACGCCUGGAUUUCUACGAAUAGUUUCACUCCGAAGUUUAACCGAAAGAGAGAAUCGACGUUGCUGUCGCCGUAAAACAAAAGAGAGGGUCUGUUUGAAGUAUGUGGAGUGUUGUAAAUAUUAGACUGCACUGUAGUUACGUUUACGUUGUGCUUACUUCGAAGUUCGUGUCCUUUUCUUGCGUUACUUUCUUUCUUAAUUUUCCCACAAUUUAGUCAAGGUUCAAAAACUUGGAAAAAAAACGGCGUAGUUGUCUGUGUGUCUUUUUUGAUGCAUGAACGACUGUGGAUUAAAUAGAUGGCGGAAAAUUCGUAAUGAAAAAUGAAUGGGAUGAAUGAAAAAUUUGUAACGUCAUUCAUUCUCAUCUUUUAAUGAUAACUUCAAUAUCGAGAGAACAUUUUAAGCGUAGAUAUUAGUAAUGUAAUUUAUUUAUUCGACUAACUCUCUAAUAUCGUUCCAAUAAUAAAUUGGUUAAGAGAA